UAUUAUAUCAAAGUGUUCCAAAUAAUGAGAUGAUGCGUAUUCGUUUAUCUCCACAAUGUUAUGAAAUGCUGACACUUAUUAGAUAAACAUUGCCAUGUGAGUAAGACUUUGGACAAGGUGUAUUCAACUUGGUUCAUUGCAUGGUUAAUUUUGCAGGCUCAUUUUAAACGAACACUAUUUAGAAGUACUUUUCUGGAAACAGACGGAAUGGAACCAUUACAAACGGUGAGAAUGUUACAACAAAGAAAGGAUGAUAUACGUCAGUGUCGAGAACAAUAUUUUUGGGCACAUUUUAAAUUUUAUGGUUGGUCAGUUGCAGGUAACAUAAUGAGUGCCAUUGCUACACUUACAGCAAAUACGUCACCGCGCCUUUUUACAUUGUUAUAUAUUUUAAAAUAUUUCAUUUUUGUAUCCAGACCGACAUCAAAAGAAGGCGAGAUGGAAAGACAAAUAAACAUUAUAUUCGAUGAUGCAAUACGCCAUGUUAAAACAGUCAGAAAAAACAAUCCGGUAACUUCUUUCUGCAAUAACCUAUCAUUGAAAUUUUCUGUCCCAUUUGCAUCAUUUUUAUGGGAUUUAACAAAAAGGUUUUAUCGAGAUAAACCUCCAAAACGAAAAUUUGACGACCUCGGUAGAGCUUUUAUUAUCAUCAACGGCACUGUUGAACGACAGAAAUGCGAAAUUGAGAAGCUGACACCAAUGCUGAAAAAAAUACAAUCUUUAUCACAAAGCAAUGUAUGUAAAGUAGUUAGCAAUGCAUGUAAAGUAGUAAAAGCCAUUCCUGGCGUGGAAAUGCCAGAAAAACUUAGCACAAAAGAAGCUUUAUUGAAACAACAUAUACAAAUUCAAAACAAGCCUGUUUCUAAUAACCCACGUGAGAAUAAAAGAACUGAAAUUGAUAAAGCAACCCGUAUAAAGAAUAAAUUUCAUAAUAGUUCCCUUAAUGUAUUGGAGUCGGCAAGAAAAUGUUUACAGGCGAAAGAAGAAGCAAAAGUAUUACCGACAUUGAAACUUGCGCAAAAUCUUAAACUUCUUGAAGAAGCUAACAAAAAUCUAGAUGCAAUCAAAGAAAUUAAACUUGAAUUUCAACUCCUUAAUCAUGAAAAACAGAAAAGUCAGCAAGCUAUCGUCGAAGGAAUUUCCACAAUGCUUGAUAAUACAACUGAGGCACUUGAGAAUGUAUCUGACUUUAUAGAUAUCAGAUCGGAACUGGAAAAAUCAAGAAUUCAGAAAUCUGCAAAAAGAGUCCAGGAGUAUGCAAAACAAGGUUACGAAAUUAACCAUCAAGUGGAAGAGGCAAUAAAAGCAAUGACCGAAGCUAACAAAGCAAUGGUAAAUAUCUAUAAUUCUACAAAGGGUUGGUUUAGUGAUGGGAUGCAGAUAAAUGAGCUAAGAAUACCUGUAGGAACUGAGAACGACUGGAUUACUCAAAGUAAAGAUUUGGCAGAUUCUGUGAAAUUGUUAGGAGAACAUGCCGAAAAGUUGACGGAUCCUCCCGAAGACAUAAUGAAAGAAUUAUUUACAACCUACCGAACAGAAAGUAUGACACAGAAUGCGACAGAUAUGGCAAAUGAAGCUCUUAGUAUUGCCGACCAAAUAGAGUGGGAAAUUUCCAAUUACAAUCCAGAUAGCCAAAUCCUUGUUCUUGAACAGGUUUUUCAAAGUAUAUGGUCAGCAAGUACAGAAACCGCUAAAAUGCAGCGUGAUACAGCUGUCAGUAAAAUGCGUACUAAAGCACAAAAGCUUCGUUGGAAAGUUGCUGAUCAUAAAUCAUUUUCAAGCAAAUUGUUAGCAGUCUUUUAUCAAGUUGAUACAAUGUCAUUGCUGAUAGCAAUUUUUGGUACUGUCGUUGACGUCAUUAGCAUUUUCAAGUUGUUCAAAAUGCAUCCGAAAGAAAUAUUGAUCCGGAAUGAGAUUGAAAGAAUACUACAAAUCUUAAAUAAUCACCAUGAGGACGAUCAAGUUCCAGAAGAAAUGUUGAUCCAGGAUGAGAUUCCAAUCCCAAAUAAUCACCAUGAGGACGAUCAAGUUCCAGAAGAAAUAUUGAUCCAGGAUGAGAUUCCAAUCCCAAAUAAUCACCAUGAGGACGAUGAUCCUGGUGAAAUUUGAUAAAGCCCUGAUUUUGGUAUGGCUGUGUAUGUGUGUGUGCGUGUGCGCGUGUGUGUGCGCGCGCGCGUGCGCGUACACGUGUGCGUACAUGUAAGGUUUUGUACUUAGUUGAUGGACUGAUGGACAGAUGACUGUGUACUCGUGCAAAAGAUUGACUCGUAUUAGAAUAAAAUAUUUCGGAAAGCGUUUUAAUGAUUAUCCUCCUUGGUAAAUAUUACAAAAUCCCCAGGCUUUUGAAGCACAUGUACUUAAGUUAUUAUACAUAUCAAAUUAUUGAAAUUGUUGUAUUGUAUGUGACGGACUAUAUUAUACAAAUGAAAAGCAAAAUGCAAUUGUUUUUGUUUGUUGUUGUUGUUUUGUUUUUUAAUUUACUGAAAUAUACAUACUAAUAAGGUACAUUUUUGUAAUAUUUAGUUUUUACUUUUCAGUUUUCACUUUUCAGUUUAUUGCCCUAUUGUUACAUCUUUAAUUGGUAGAUUUUUUGUCAGACUGUACAAACAGGAGGUCGGUUGCUCUAAGAAGAUGGUCAAAAUCUUAGCUGAAAUAAAGCAUUAAGACAUUCAUGAGAUAUUCCUUACCCAAUGAAGAUGAUGAAUGAUCAUAUGACCUUCACAGUGCUGGUUUGACUCCCAGCCAUUAAACAAAUCAUACCGAAAUAUCCUUAUCAAAUUAAAAGUUACUACAAAUGGGAAGGUGAUUAUAUUGCUAAAGCAUUAGUUAUGACAAAAUCAAUAUAAACAAAUGUGAUUUUAAAAUUUACAGAAAUAUUAAUUACAUGUACUUCUAUUUGUAUAAUAAAACAUAUCAAAACAAA